UUAGAUGCAUUUAAGGAAAAUUCUGCAAUGUUCUGCGAAUCACCGGAAAUCAUCGUCUCUGGAUUGGACCCAUCUCGCAAAAAAUUUCUUUGCUCCCGAAUAAGUUGUAAACUCGAAUCUCUGCUUUCUCAAUCCGAUUUGUUCAAAGAAGCUAAAUGCUUCCUGGGUUUUGCGGAAUACUAG